AUGUCUGAUAUCACUAAGGACCUAGAUGGCCCAGAGAGACCUCAUACGCGCAGUGGUACAGCGAUGGAAGCAGAAUAUUUCCUACAAGAAUCCGAGGGCCUCAGCCAGGGACAGCACGAGGCAGCACGGCUGCAUAAGGAAUUCAAAGAGAGGUUUGAGAAUGGUAAUAAGGCUGUCCACGAGCCCGUGUCCCUUAGCAAGCUAGUCCCCUUCCUUUGGGGCUAG